AUGAAAAGCACUGCAUUUCUCCAUUAUGUUCCCUUUCUUUCUUUCUUUCUUUCUUUCUUUCUUUCUUUCUUUCUUUCUUUCUUUUCCUUAGUUGUUUUUUCUUCCUUAUCAUUAUAUCGUUUUGUCCUCUUUCUUUUUUCUUUUCUUCCUAUCUCUUUCUUUCUAUCCCUUUUUCUUAUCAUGUGUUUUCUCUUCUUUUCUCCUCUUUUCCUUUCUUUCUUUCUUUCUUUCUUUCUUUCCUUCUCUUUCUUUCUUUCUUUCUUAUCAUGUGUCUUCCUUCCUUUUGUCCUUUUUCUUUCUUUCUUUCUUUCUUUCUUUCUUUCUUCUUCCCUAUUUGUUUUCUCCUAUUCGUUUUUUUUCUUUCUUUUUCUUCUUCCUUAUCAUAUAUCUUCUUUCCGUUUGACUUCCUUUUUUUUUCCAUCAUUUCACCCUUGUUUUUUAAACAAAACGUUUGUCUCUUUCUCGUCCUUUUCAUCUUAUUCUUUCUUUCUUUCUUUCUUUCUUUCUUUCUUUCUUUCUUUCUUUCUUUCUUUUCAUGUAUCUUUAUUCUUUUAUUCACUUUCUUUAGUUUUUUUUUCUCUUUUUAUACAACUCUUUUUCCUUCUUAUCUCCCUUACACUCAUUUCCUUUCUUAACAUGACUUUCUUCUUUCUUAAAAAUAAUCUUUUCUUCUUCCUUCAUUUUUUCUCUUCUUGUCACACUUUCUUUCUUCUUCCUUACUUAUCAACAGCCUCCCCCUUCCUUCUUUUUUCCCUUCAUUAA